AUGGCGACCCCGCCUGCUUCGGGCCAGCCACGCCGCUCCACACGCACAUCCGCACGCCCCGACUACGCCGAACCGUCGCCAGGAUCCGAAGACGAAGAGCACCUUGCCGAGUGCGUCCUUCAAGAGGAGCGUCGGGAAGAUGGCGUACUGUGGUACGAGGUCAAGUGGGCUGGCACCGAUCCGAAGACCGGUUUGCGCUACGAGCCCAGCUGGAUCCCGGCCGACGGAGCAAACAACGCGUUGAAGAAGGACUGGAAAAGACUGAAGAGACUCCGUAGGGCUCGAGAUGCUGUCGUAGCUCGUACUGCCCGUCAAUCUGGAGCUACCCGUCGAACUCAAGCCGAGCGCACCGCCGAGGCCGGUCGCAUUGUGGAAGGCGUUUGGGCCGAUGAAGCUGCUCUGGAGGUCCGAGAUGGUCGCGUCGCCCACACUGCCAAUGCUCCCGCCGCCGGGGCUGCUCGUUCGGCCGCAACACUCGAAGCCUCUGAUGACGACGAAUUCACACUUGCGCGCGAGUAUCAACCAAUAACUCCCCGGCGUGAAGAGCGCGCGAUGCGCCUUCUACAUCAACCUUGGGAGUCCUUGCGUCGUACUCGCCAACCCUCCUGCGAUCGACCUCUUCCUUCAACCGAACAACCCUAUACGCUCAGUGCUAGGCAGUCGACGGCACCCAUCUUCACACCUACGCCGCGCUCCGCUGUCUACCGUUAUCAGCCCUACCCAUCCAGUCGACCACCCAGCUCACCGCCUAUACGACGGCCUAAAUCAUUGCAUCGGCUAAUGGCGGAGUCGGCGCGAAACGCUGCAAACACGGAAUUGGACCGUCAAUGCUUCAUAUGUUUCGAUAGCGUCGAGACUUUUGAAGCGGAUGGUAUUCACUACCAGAGGCUACGGAAGCUCAGCUGCCACAACUGCUUACGGAGUUGGCUUGAGCGCGCAGACAAGCCGGACGUGUGUGCGCACUGCCGACAGCCUCUCGAAGAGGUCGAACUGCAACCAACCCCUCGCGAACCUUUAGCUAUGAGCGAGACGCCCUCGCCGACACAUACACAACGAUUACGACCACUGACACAACCUUGA